CCAGCCCCACCCACAGCGCCUGGCAACCCACACCAGUCAGGGACAGCAGAAAAUGGAAGAGCCUCCAGAAGAGGCUCCAGCUGAAUCUUUGGAACAUGAAAGCACAGCUGCGCCCUCAUCUGCCGGCCACACUAACGGCCAGGCAGAAGACCACCAGAACAACCAGGCCAAAGGGGAGGCAGAAGACCAAACUGAUCACAGAAUAGCUGGCCAAAGUGCCAGAAAAGUGUCUGGCCAGGCUGAACUCACCAUAUUUGGUCAAGCUGAUGACAAAGUAUCUGAAGGCGAUGAGAGUGAAACAUCAGGCCAGGCAGACGGUGUUUAUGCUGCUGAUCUUAGAGCAUAUAAUCAGGUUGGCCAAAGAUCAUUUGAACAGACUGAAGGCAAGGCAUCUAGCCAGGCCUAUAAUGAAGAGCAGGCCUAUAAUGAUGGCCAGGAGUCGGGCCUGACCGGCCAAAGAACUCCUGAACGAAGAUCAUCCACACUAUCUAACCGAAAGGCUUCCAGACAGACUGACCACAGGAUGUCAGCUGAAAGAAUAUCUGAACAGAUUGAUAAUAAAUUGCCCAUGCCAUCUGACCAAGGAGCUUAUGAACAGACUGGCCACAGAAUGUCAGGCCAGGCUGAGAGAAGAAUUCCUGAGGAGAUUGACCAAAGAACGUCUGGCCUGGCUAACCAAGGAACUUUUGAACAAUAUGACCUCAGAUCGUCUGGCCUGGUUGACCAUAAAACACCUGCAAAGACUCACUACCGAGUGUAUGGCCAAAGCCCCAAACUACCUGAACGCCAGGCUGAUCAACUUCCAGUUUACGAGGCUGGCUCUGGUGAAACUGACCAGGUUUACUCAGUAGAAAAACAAUAUGAUCACACAGAGGACCACCAGGCUUACUAUGGAACACUUGGCAGAUUUGACAAUAGCAAGAAUUACAAAGAAGAUGACUACAGAGUACAACCCAACACAUUUGAGUACGGUCAAACAGACUUCAAUGCCAAGCUUUCACAUGAAGUAAAAGAUGAAACUGAAAGUACAACCAUCACCCAAGCCUACAACCCAGUUGAUGCCAAAUCCGCCAGUACUUUCCAACGAAAAAGCCAAGGCUUUUCCCAAAGAAUCCCCUCCAUCCCAUCUACAUUGACCUAUAUCAGUGGUAAAGGAAGACUUCAAGACACAGAAACCAACCUUGAUGAUUUUCAAGAAUUCCAGCAAAAAAAAAAAUCUCGUUUAUUCAGUCAAGUUUAUCAAAAGAGGUUCCCUUCUGUAGUAUAUGAAGAUCCUUAUGAAGUUUCACUCCGAUACAUGGAAAAACAUGGAAUUCUGCAAAUAUUCCAGCAGAUCACUGAAAACUUAGUCUAUGAAAAGCCAGAGGACCCCCUGAAUUUUAUGCUGUACCAGGUAUGCAAUGGGAGUAAAAAAGCAACCUUCUUAUUCCCUUUAUUGUACAGGAAAUGAUGAGAAAAAGAGAAAAACCGGAAUACUGGGAAGAAUGAAUCUCUCUUCGGUAUUGUUUACAAUCAUCAGUGUCUAAGACUAUGUUCUGUUUUCCAAUCUGAAAAAUGGUAUUCGAUUAAGCACUGGUGGUGAAUGUGUUCUUACUUUUUAAGUAAAAAUCUAUAGCAUAUCUUUGUAAAAUUCACAUAACAGUUACAGAUAUCUCUGGCUAAUCAUACAAAAAUAUACACAUUAUACUUACCCAUGCAUUGGUAUUUCAGUACUCACUCCACUAAAGCCCUGAACAAUAACAAGUUCACAAAUCCUAAAGAGGAUAAAGAAAAUACUAUCAGCAAUUUAUAUGUACUUCUCAUAAAGCAUACAAAUAUAUCAUGUCUCCAAACUGUUUACAGAAUUCUCACUCAGAAAAUGUGUGGAAAAUAACUUAUAACAGCACUUUUUUUCUCUUAAUGAAAGAUUGUCAUUGUAAUAUCUGUUUUGUAUUUCUUAAUACCUUCAACAUAUUUUUGUUGUUUUCCUCUUUAAUCCUGCUUGUCACACUUUGCCAUUAGUGGAUGUGAUUUAAUCUUUACUUAGGAAUACCUCGCUUCUGAUUUUUAACCUACAGCAAAACUCAAAUGUGUUAUACUACUCUGUACACACCUGUGAGUGAGGCAGAAUGUCACUUUCUCAUUAUCUUUAUCCCCUGAAGAGUAUCUACAUCCUGUGGAAUGUAUAACCAGUCCAACUGGUAUUUUAAAGCAAAAAGUUUUAACUUGGUCCGUCUGGUAUGAGAGUGUCUGCCCAGAAAUCAUAACUGAGAUGAUCAUCUGAUACUACUUUUGUGAGAUGAACUUUCCAUUUAAUUUCUAUUUGAACAUUAAAGGAGACACGAUUCUUAUAUUGUUUAGCUGAUGACUUGGUAGGAUUCUGUGGUUGCAUUAAAAUGAAUUAAGCUUCUGUUUGAAUAAUCA